AUGUUCGUAACAACCGUCUCUUUCCCAGUCAUUGUCAAUCGUACAUUCAUGGGCGUAGCUGCAGUGAAUAUCCCACUUACUGAGCUCAACCAACAGGCUCAUCCCAGCAAUAUUGGUGGUCGAAGUUACUUCUUCAUGCUUGAUCAAAAUGGAUUCAUAAUGUUUCAUCCACAG